AUGCCCCAAGAUGCAAACUGUCUUCAGUUUGAAUUGGAAGGAAGCAUUGAAAACCACCUCCUGAAUGGCCCAGUAUUCAGUGCUAGCGAGCGCCUCUUCCUGCAAUUCAGGACAACGCAGUCAAACUCUCCGUUGUUUUUCACUGGCUCAAAUGAAUCUUUCUAUCACCUAACACUGAAGGACGGCCUCCUGCAUGUGCACAUUCGCCUGCCGGCCGAGGUGGUUUCUGACCGGCCCUACGCAGUGACCCCGAACAACUCCCUCAUCGGGGCAUUCAAGUGGUUCCAGUCUUCGCGAGCCGGCUUCCUCACUGUCCGCGACACCUUCUACUCCCUUCCCGGAUUCACUUCACGCCUUGACAACUACCAGUUGCACGACGUCCUUCUUGAAAGAAGCUUGGAUAAGAUACAAAUCUCCAUUGACGACAACGUUGCAUUUCAUCAAAGUCUACACUUCGACGAAAUCCAGGCCAGCUUCCUCGAAAGUCGUCACAUUGUACUGGGAACUUCAAGGGAGGGAACCUUCAACGGCCAAGUCACCAAGGCUGUCCUUCAAGUGGAUGACACGGUUCUCGAUAUUCUCAAGUUGGCGGAAAUGUCACUCCAUGGCUUCGAAGUCUCCGGUGUUCGUCCGAUACCUUGCUUUACGAAGCAGGCAAAUUUGCAUUCCCUUGUCCUUCAACAAAUGCACCUCCCACUGCGCCUUCCACUCCACACAGAGGGUCAAACUAGAGCCCUAUUCGGCAAACUACCUCAUUAUGCAAAUCGAAUAUUCAACUGGCAGCAGAUUGAAAUCGACUUCACGUCUCAUGCUCGAGAUGCCUUUGUCUUUCUUCUGUUCCAUCGUCUCUCCCACAAAGACCCGCUUCUAGCUGUUGAGCUACGAAAUGAAAAGCCGUGGUUAGUAACGCGUAGCCAAGCUUUUGAGAUUCGUGUGAAUUCCAAAAGGGGGGAACGAACCUUUCUUCGUGUAGGUGCAGGCAAAAUUUCCCUUCCUGACAUGCAAAACGCCAUUAUCCUUGUCGCAGGAGAUAAAGUGUUUGAUUAUUUUGUGGCUACCGAUGGCGGAGCCUUUUGGGCUGCCUCUGAGGCCGAGAUCGUGGGGCUUUUGAAGACAGCAAACGAAAAAACCUCCCAUGACGCACAAGUGGAUCCAGUGUUUGGAAGAAACCUCCUGCUUGGCGGCAGUAACUGGACAGUCGAAGGCGAAUUGGGCCGAGACAUUUUCCAUCUUUGGAGUGGCCUUGGAAGGAAGAAACAGUUUUCUGGAUGCAUACACCGGUUGAAUUUGAAUGGCGAAACCGUCGAUUUUGAGCCCAUCGUUCACUCUCGUCUAGAGCACUUGCCCUUAAAGGAGGGUCAGCAGCUGCGUCUGAGCUGCGGUCCCGCACACACGCCCCACAAAACCUGCCAAUGUCGAAACGGAGGAGUGUGUGAAGACGGCGAAUGCAACUGCUUGGCUACGGCCUACACUGGCAAACUCUGUCAAACUCCCGCGAAAACGCUCACUUUCGAGAAACACCAGCAACUUCGAAUGCGAUUUCCCUUGCCGCACCAACUCGAGGCGACGGAGCUGCAAUUUUCCUUCAGGACCCUGACCCCCAACUCAACUCUUCUUUCAUCCUACUCACUGGGCUCCUUCACCAAUGAGACGCACCUAUUUGGUCCCAUCCAACCUGACGGGAUGCGCAUCAGCUUGGUGGAUGGGUGCCUCAGUAUCUUGGUGAUAUUGGAAAAUCGGCCAAGUACUCUAAGCAUUCCCAAUCGGGUUAACGACGGCGACUGGCAUGUGCUCCGAGUACUGCGGACGGCGUCGCUGCUGCGAGUCCAAGUAGACGGAGCAGUCUAUGAAAAGAGACUUCCCGGUCAGCAGUCAGGGUGGCCACAGCAGCCCGAGGAAGCUGUGAUUGUUUGUCUCGGUGGCAGUGACGUUGAGCAGCGCCGUGAUGUUCUUGAUGCUGAAGACUUCAUUGUGCGGAUCCAUGAAAUCAGAGUUGGCUACAAAUCUCCCCCUUCUUUUUCUCCAUUCACCGGUCAAAUUCGUCACUUCAUGUUCAACGGAAUCGACCCUCUACUGCAACCAGACUACCUCAUCGAAACUCCCCAGCUGAAAUUUAUGGGAAGGGAGGCCACCUUUGGCGUUGGACCGGCAAUCACCCUAAAGACACCCGACUGCUUUCUGAGGCUGCCUAGUUUGCACCUUUAUGGAUCCUUUCAAUUGACAUUCUCUCUGAAGACGUACCAACAAGACGGAGUGGUGCUCUUCAAUUCGGGAUCGGGCGACUUUCUUGCCGUGGAGCUGGUCCGAUCUCAGUUGACUAUUUCCUUUGACAUGGGCCACGGAGCAGCCUUGCAGCAUCAACGAAUCGGCAAGGGGUUGCUGAGUGACGGAAAUUGGCAUCAAGUUAUCAUUUCCAGGCGAGUCGUUCCUUCCUUUAAUACGGUCAAGCUGUCUGGGCAAAUGGACCAAUUCUUGCGCAUUCGAAUUAGGUCCGAAUUCGAAGAGGAAGAAGACCACAACCUUACAAUCCCAGCUGUAACAACAGGUCGAAAUUUCAAUUUCAAUGAACCCCUUUACCUCGGUGGCCUCCCUGCCGAUUUACUCUAUCGAUUUUCAGAAAAAAUUAUUUCCAAACAUGGUAUUCAGGCAAGUGGCUGCAUUGGUGGCCUCGGCGUUAACAACCAAACACAAAUGGACGUGUUUGGUCUGGCGGAGGCCACGAUGCAGACGAACAAGACCAGUCCCGUCUGCAAGUGGCAGGUCAUCAAGGGGUGUCUGGAGAGGCCAGGGGGGGCACCCACAUGUGCCGCCUACGCCCAACACCGGCGUCUCCCGUACUGCCUCAACGGCGGCGUCUGCCUCCACGUGUGGACCUCACUCAGGUGCUCCUGUGAAAUGACCACGUUCACUGGCAACCGGUGUCACCUUCCUGGAACUGCGCUCAAAUUUGGUGAUGCUGUGAGGGACGCGGGGAAUCCAAUCUUCAUUAAGUUAACCUACCUCCACGACCACCAGAACACAAACCGAGAGGAAAUCGCUCUGGGUCUUCAAAUCUCAUGGACGUCGUCGCCUUGCACGCUGCUCUAUGACGCAGGGAUAGCCAAUCUUGCAUUCAACAUGGGUGGAGGGUUAGUCCGUCUGAAGGAGACAAGGCGGCGUUUGGAUGACGACAAUUACCACCGCAUACGUGUGUUCCGGCAUGGACUGGCAACUCUCCUUGAAGUUGACGAGUUGCAAACGAAGCAUAUAUCACCCGGCCCACUAGGCGAACAAUUCAACGACCAACAGUCUAUCUGGCUGGGACAUGCGCCGUCUACGCAAAACUUCACCAACACCUUUCGUGGGGUGCUUUCAGGCGUCUUCUACAACGGGCUGCCAAUCUGCGACUUGGCAGCUGGCUUAUCGCACAGGGCUGACGUCCACGUCACUCGACACGCCGACAUUCAGUAUGUUGCCAAUUUCCGAGUUAGACUGGCUCCUGACUCCGUCUUCCAGCAAAUACUAGAUGAUUUCCCAAACUUGGAGAGUACUUCUUUCCACGACGACGAAUCAGCAAUGCACGAGUCACCAUCGGGUCCCCCUGGAACACCCACUGCAGAUGUUGCUGCCGCCACGGUUACAUCUCCUACACCCCACGGGGAAUGGAUCCAAUUUCCACCAAGAACUCGUCAGCUGACAGACACUACACCAUCGCCCCUCCAAAGCCACGUAAACAUCUGGCUCCUGGUUUGCCUCGGUGGAGCGGGACUAGUGUUUUUGGUUUCGAUGCUAUUCCUCGUUUUCCACUGUCUACAGCGGAAGCGAAAUGAGGAGGGAGGAAGGCAACACAGAGAGGCUCAUUUUGUGGCUGCGGAACAGUUAGAUUACCCCCGGGAGGCAGUCUGCAAGUGA